AAUUGUUGAAUGAUAUAUUCAAACCUAAAUUAAAUAAUUCAAUUAAUUAAGAGCAGAAAAUCACACCCCUCAAUUGAUCAAGCUUUAUAUAUCUGCAUAUUUGCUUUGAGAUUUCAACAACUCUCCAUGGCAAAUCCAAGUUUCUUUGUUGGAGUAAUAGGCAACAUCAUCGCAAUGUUACUCGCUCUUUCUCCAGUGAAAACCUUCUGGCGAAUCCUGCAGAAUCGAUCAACUGAGGAAUUUGAGAGCCUGCCUUAUGUUUGUGCAUUGCUGAACUCAAUGUUAUGGACAUAUUAUGGCCUUACAAAAUCUGGAGAAAUACUCGUCGUCACUAUCAAUGCGUUUAUUGUUAUAGUUGAGACUGUUUACCUAAUCAUAUUCCUAGUUUAUGCUUCUCCAAGAAUGAAGGCUAAGACUGCAUUACUUGUUGGGUUAUUGGAUGUAGGGUUUCCAGCAGCAGCAAUUUUGAUAAUAGAAUUGUUGUUGCAUGGAGAAAUGAAGAUUGAUGUACUAGGGUUCAUUUGUGCCGUCCUCAGUAUUAUCAUGUUUGGUUCCCCUCUUGUAGCUAUGAGAACAGUGGUGAUGAGUAAAAGCGUGGAGUAUAUGCCAUUUCUUCUGUCUUUGUUCGUCGCCUUAACUGGAGGGAUUUGGACUUUGUAUGCCGUGCUGGUGAAGGAUCUGUUUCUAGCAGUACCAAAUGGGGUGGGGUUUCUUCUUGGAGUAGCUCAGCUGGUGGUCUACGCCAUAUUCAGAAAACCCAACUCAUCCAAAAGGUUGCCUGAUGGUGAUGACAUUGAAGAUGAAUGGCAACACCAGCACCUCAUCUCAGCUUCAAUUCCAAUACUUCAAAAGAUUAAAUCCUAGACACACACACGCACAUGUAUAGUAUAGUAUCAUGAAAAAGAAAGUGAAAAGAAAAUUUAGAUACGAUUCAAUCAUAUUCUAGCUUUGAACAUUGUUUUAAUAUAAUGAUUUGUCAUUCUAUCCGGAGUUAUUAUUAUCAUUUAUCAUAUCAAUAAUCAUUUUGUCGGUUGGAAAAAUCAUAGAAAGUCCCCUAUUUUUGUCUG